UUGUGGACUUGGUUAAAGUUCUCCAAGAACAACUGAUCGAAGAGAAGCGUAAGAUGCAGACACUGGAAGUAAAGAUACGAGAGGAAGUGUGCAAGGAAAUGGCUGAACAGCUUGUUUCCAUCGAGAAAGCCUACAGUCAACGUGUUAAAAUGGAAGUAACCGCUGUUGAGGAGAAGUGUGAUCGCAGGAUCGAAUUGCUGACGCAGUCCGUCAAAAUAUCUAGAAAAAGAGCUCGGGUCGAACGAAUAGAAGAGGAAGACGAGGAAUGGGUGCCAAGUGUGUUUUUACAUACAGAGCAGACUAAAGUUCGGGAGCAGCAGCAACUCAUUGGUGGACUGAACGCACAGAUUGCUGAGUUGCGCCAGGAAAUCAAACAACUAAAAGAAAACAAACAAGAAGAAGCAGCGACCUCACAGGCAGUUUUGGAAUUGCAGGCUCACUUGAAUCACGCCAACGAGGAAGCUGCAGAACUUAAACAGAUGCUUGAGGAGGCUGGCGAAGCAUUCUCUGAGAAGGAAGCAGAGAUCAGUAAACUGAAAGCAGCGCUUGAUGAACAGGAAGCUUGCAUUAAAAAACAGGACGCAACCUUACAACAUCUCACAAAUGAGCUACAGAAGGAGAAGGAAGCGCCUAAGAAGACGGAAAAUUCCGCUGAGCUUUUGCGGACACAAGGUGCCCUGGACGCUGCCUUGGCCAAACUUUCAAACACAGAGCAUCAGUUAGAGACAAAUAACACAAUGAUGAAAGAAUUAGUGAGGACAUUGGAGGAGACAAGAGAAGAAUUAGCCCGUGAGAAAAGUUAUGUCGCUCAAGCAUUCGACAACGACGAAGAACUAAUAAGAAUUAAAGACGAGCUGCAGAAAGCAGAAGAACGCUGUAAGGAGCUGGAGAAGGAGAUAUCGUCUCUAAAUCAGGUUAUUGAGGAUUCACAAGCAAAAAGAAAUACCCAGGCCGAGGAGACAGACAACAUUAUGGCCACCGAGAUGGCUGUUUUGGCAAAGCAACUUGAAGCAGCUAAAGGAGAGAUGUACCAUGCCAAAGCUGAACUAGAAACAUUGAAAGGCGAGUGCAAAGAAAAAGAAUCUCAACUUGAGUUGAUGAAGAAGGAGUUUGGCGAAAAAGUGACAGAAUUGGAUGACGCUAAGAAAGAUAUUUGUGAUAAAAUGGCUGCACUGGACGACAUGAAGAAACGAGUUACAGAAAAGGAGACACAACUGAAGAACAUUCAGGAGGAGAAUUUAAAGACGACAGCGGAAUUGAAGAAUGCCAAGAAAGCUCUUGAAGAAGAGAUCGCAGUUUUGUCCAAGAAAGAAUGCGACGUUUACCAGGCAGAAGGUCCUGAAGACUUGAGCAAAGAAAGUGCCCAAGACAUUGAAAAGCAAGAAGUUAGAACUAAAAGGGUGGAAAAGGAAAUCGAGGAAAAAGAUGCAGAAUUGAAGAGCGUCAAGAGUGAGAGCAGGAGAAGGAUAAAUGAACUGGAAUCGGAGUUGGUAGAGUGUAAAAAAGAAAUGAAGAAACUUCAUAGUGAAGAUAGUUUGAAAGAAUUGGAAAAACAGUUGGAAGAAUCCACAAAAGCGCUGGACAAGAAAAACAGUCAGGUUAUUGCCAGAAAUAACACCAUUAAACGCCUCGAAAUGUCCCUAGCAGAGAAAGAGAAGCAUCUGUCCGAAAUGGAAAAGCUACCCAAGGAAAAUAAUCUGAAAACUAAGGAAGAAUUGAAAACGUUAAGAAGACGACUUGUCCAAGCUGAUAAAGAGAGAGAGGAGAGUAAGGAUAUGAUGGCUAAAAAGAACGUGACACUUGAAGAAACUAGGCUGGAACUUGAGAGGUUAAAGAGAGAGUACGAUGAGAAAUCCGCCAAAUUUCUCGAGGAACUACAAGAAGUAAGGGCGGAAAUCGAUGUAGAAAAAGAAGAAACGAAGAAGAAAGACGAACGCAUUCAGUCUUUGGAAGAAAAGUUGAAUUCUCAGCAGCUAAAGAAUGCUUGUUUACAAACGCAGCUGGAAAAUGAGAAGAGAAACGUGUUGGAAAAAGAGAAAGCUGUUGAAGAGGCGAGUAAAGAAAUGUGUAAUGCACGAAGUGCGUCAGCGAAUGAGUUAGAUGAAAAGAAAAAGCGUCUAGCUUCUAUGGAUGGAAAAGUUCAUGAACUAAAAGAUGAACUUUCUGCUGCGAACGAAACAACUUCACGACUGCAAACUGAAAUUCAAAGAUAUAAAAACCAAGUUGUACCAGAUCUUGAACAUAAAGUGAGAUUCCUCGAGGAAGGAAUGGCACGCAGUGAUGAGAGGAUUAAGGAAGCCGAAGUAAAGCUGGAACAGGAGACGAAUGAGGCGAACGCGAGACUGAAAAAAAGAAACGAGGAAAUUGAAGAGAAAGUGAAAGAAAUCGAAGAGCUGAGGGAAAAAAUAAAGAUGAUUGAUCAACAAAAGUUCCAAGAAUUGGACAAGGUGUGGAAGGAGAUGAUGUCCAUGCAAAAGACCGUCGAAGACAGGAACAAAUCGAUCGACGAACUGGAACAAAAUGUUAGGAAAGCAUCAAUUGAAAAUGAAAAAUCCCGAGAACAGAUCAGGACACUUACAGACAAAGUGAAAACACUGAAUGACGAAAAGAGUUCCAUGGAAGGAAAUCUGCGUCUAUUCUCGUCAGAUGCGGGAAAGGACAAAGACGUGAUUGCCAACCUGAAAAAAGUUUUAGAGGAACAAGAUGUAUUAUUAGCUGAACAAGGACAGGCACUUGAAGAAAGACAGGAUGAAUUGGAAACUCUCUCCAUAGAACUGCAAACUUGGCAAGAAAAGUGUGAGUUAGCAACUAAGGAACUGGACAUAAAGAAGGGGGAAAUAACCAGCUUGAAGAAGAAAGCGACGGCUGCUAGCGAUGCUAUGAAAGAUAUGUCCAAUAAGAGCGAGGCUAAUGAGCGAAACAUCUUCGAGCGGAUGCAGAACAUGGAGAAGGAAAUAGCCAUGUUGCAGAAAGAACGUGCAACUCUUGAGGAAAAGCUGGUAAAGAAAGACGAGGAAAUAAGCAAAAUGAACGAUUCAAGAGACAACAUCAUGAAAACCAUGCGUCAAACAUUAGAGGUGGCUAACGCCAAAAAGGCAGAGUAUGAGAUCAAACUAUCCACAAUCCGCGAGCAGUGUAGGCAGGAUUUGAGAAGAGAGAUGGAAGAGGAACUGCGGAAAACGAAACGGGAUUACCAGAGACAGCUUGACGACAAGGAUAGGAGUAUAGAGGAGAUUAAACAUGAAAAAGAAAGCGUGGAAAGAGAACUCGCUGCCGAAAGAAGUGAUUCUUCAAAAACAGAUUCCUCUACUUCGGACCCUGAUGUAGCUGACAAGGCGGAUUCGACAACGUCUUGUUCAAGAUCAGCGAAGAAACCCUUGAAGAGGAACAGCAGUGACAUCCCAUUGUCUCAGCUCAAAACCAAAUGGACGAAGGUACAAAAAACAGACGACAGUGACGAGGACUUUACUCCGGGCUCUUCAAGGAAAACACGAAGUCGCCCGGGCACAAGACAAUCUGUGAGAAACAAACAGACGACACCCGCAACAAAGUCAACGACUUUACCAGUAAAAGAGUCGUUAGUGAACGAGACAGAGCCACCCAAAGUAGAAGCAAAAAAGAAAAAACUCUUUAAAGAAUUGCAAGAAAAUACUGCAGUUGAAGACAGUGACAAGUACUCAUCGCAAUCAAAUGAAGAAGCAGAAAAUGUUCCACCAAAAUUGACUCAAUCCUCCGCGAAAAAGGGAAAGAAAUUGUUCAAGAAACCUUCUGCGAUGACAGCUCUCUUGUCUCCGGCAAAACAGGGAUGUCGUGAGGUGAAAACAGAGCAAGAUUCCACAAGAACCAUCAUUGCCAGACAGUUGCGUCCGCGAGCUGUCAAAUAUAAUCAAUAA